CGGAGCGCGGCGGCCGCGGGGCUCGGCAGCAUGUCGGUCAGCAGGAAGGACUGGUCCGCGCUGUCCAGCCUGGCCCGGCAGAGGACUUUGGAGGAUGAGGAGGAACAGGAGCGUGAGCGCAGGCGGAGGCGCCGCAACCUGAGUUCAACCACAGAUGAUGAAUCUCCAAAACUCACCCAGAAUGGAGCUCGGAGAUCCGUGGAGAGGCUGCCCAGUGUGGAGGAAGCAGAGACCCCCAAGCCCUCGCCUCCAGUCUCCAAAGAUGAGGAAGAGGACUUCCAAGCCAUCCUUAGAACUCGGAAGGAACGGAGACAGAGGCGUCAGGUGGUAGAGGCUGCCCAGGCUCCAGUGCAGGAGAGGCUGGAGGCAGAGGGAGAAAAGGACAGCCCAGGCCCCGAGCAGACCUUGACACAGCCCCUUGUGCCUAAGAGGAAAGUGGAAGCCCUGCCUCGACGGAGACUGAGUCAGGAGCAGCGAGGCCCUUGGGCCCGGGAAGAAGAGAACAUAAAGAGCAGAGAGCUCGAGGGAGCAGCGGAAAGGGGGCUUCCAGAGGAGGCAGUGGUCCAGCAGAAGACCUUGGUCUCUGAGAAAUCGCCUGUGCCAGAGAAGACUCCAGUGCCUGCCAAGAGACUGGCUUCAGAGAAAGCCUGCCCUUCAGAGAAGGGGGUGGCCACAGAUACAGCAUCCCAGCCUGAGAAGAAACGCAGCCCAGAGAAGCUGGUCCCUGAAAGGACCAGUGCAUCCGAGAAGUCGCCUGUCCCCGUGAAGACACUCGUGUCUCUGAAGACAGCAGCACCAGAGAGAAGAUCCACUCCGGUUCUAGAAAAAGCCGUGGUCUUUGAGAAGAUGCAAGAGCGGCGGCUGGUGUCAGAGAAAGCAUCUCUCUUUGAGAAGUCACUAGUGUCAGAGACAAAGCUGACUCCAAAGAAGGCAACGGCAGAGCAGCCCCAGGCCCCUGGGGGAAGCCAGGUCACCGCAAGGGAGCCCAGAGGGAGGGCUGUCCCUGGGAAGAGCCCGCCUUCCUCUGCAGAGCAGGGCACUUCAGAUGCUCCGACGAAGGCCCCUUGCUUCCCACCCAUCACACUGCAGGUAAAAAUCCCCAGCAAGGAUGAAGAGGCAGACAUACCCUCGCCUACCCUGCUUACCUACAGCAGUUCCCUUAAACGCUCCAGCCCCAGGACCAUCUCCUUCCGGAUGAGCCCCAGGAAAGACAACUCAGAAACAACCUUAACCCGCAGUGCCAGUGUGAGGCUGCCAGCUAGCACGGUGAAGCUAGGAGAGAAACUGGAGAGAUACCAUACGGCCAUACAGAGAUCCGAAUCCGUCAGGUCCCCAGGCUCCUCCCGCACUGAGGUCCUUGUGGCUCCUGCCGGUGUAGCCAGCAGGCGUCACCUCUUUGAGAAGGAGCUGGCAGGCCAGAACCGCACAGAACCAACCAUCCGAAAGGAGAAUCUGCGACUGUCAGGGGUUGUGACGUCAAGACUUAACCUGUGGAUAAGCAAGACCCAGGAUUUUGGAGACCAGGGCCCUCAGGACACACAGAAAGAGACAUCUGUCACCAGGAGGGCCCAGUGGGGAAGCAAGCCUGCCAUGUCCCUGGAUGCCGAGGUGUGACAAGCUCUGCAGACA